AUGCUCCCGGACUCUGGGGCCGCCGUCUCUUCCAGACGCCCGACGGAGUUGCAGAUAAUGAUAGCUUCCGCUACGCCUAUCCGUCCGGAUACCUUGGUGCCUUGCCUUUUGCAACAGCAGCCGCAUCUCCUCGGUGCUUACACUGCCCCACCAUUGGUCCGGUCUGACGGCGGCAUCAGGUUCACAAUUUUCGAGCCGAACCGUCAUGUGCAAAUCAGGCGAGCGGGCAAGGACUGGACCAUGAUCGAGUUCAUAGCGGAGGCCCAUGCGGCAGUUACGUUCCGGGUUGGCCUGGUUCAAGUGCUCGCGCAACCCUUACAUGGAUUCCCUGUCCCGCAGCUCGUUCUUACCCCUACGCCUGUCGGACACCAUGUUUCGGUUCCCACUGACUGCAGACCGCGCGGGCGUGGCGUCUACACCCUGGCUGUCCCGUUGACUUAUCAUAGGGCGCAGGUUUUGCAGGCUGCCGAUGUUGCGUCAGUAGGAAGCCUUCUGCAGGACAGGGAUCUAGACGAAUUGGGGCUCUAUGAUCAAAAUGGGCUCCCUGUGCGAGAUGCAGUGCCUUUUGCUGGCCUCGAAUGGGUUGAGAUCCGUGAGCCACAGCCAGCAGAGGCCGCUGCCCCGGAUGAUGAUGAGGUUGCAAUUAUACAACUGCCUGCUAAGUUGAUCAACGGCCCCCUUUCUUCCUCACAGGCCGCCUUUCUUCAUCCUGGCAUCAAGUCGCACUCCAGAGUUUUUCCACGACACCAGCCUGGUGCAGCCCCCGACUACGACGUCGAGCGGAGACUUGCUGUCAAAAUCACCAGGUCUCCUGAUCCACUGCCCUUUUCAGGUACAAGGAAUGCCCCAGAGGCCCGUGAUGCCUGCGCCGAGCCCGCAGAGCACAGUUGCCCCGCCAUGUUGCCCGCCACCAGGCCAGAGAAUGAGCGACGCUUCUACACCAUUCUUGAGCCAAGAUUGGAUUACAGACGGCGCCCCUCUCUCCCCACUUGGACCCUCUGGCAACACAUUAAUGAUGCGGUGCGUCAGGUGAGGCAUCCUGUAUGGCAAGCUUUUGUCAUCACCGCGCAUCUCCCCGGCUUCCCAGGCCCCCAGAUCACUCUUUCCUUUGCAGAUGCCCCUCAAGCAGGUAGGGCUAUACCAGUCGACUUGAGGCCGGUGGGAGGUGAGCUUCACACUGUUGAACUUCCUUGGCAGUGCGACGCCUCCGUUGUGUGGUUGGCCCUGCAAGCCAAAGGCGUUGACCUGCCAGGCAAUUGGCAGGAAGCCCAGCGUGAAGGUGGCCUUGCUUUCUUCAAUCACUUGGGUGUCGAAAUUGAUGCAUGGGACCUCACGGGCGAUGUCAUUCAAUGGGUCAGCUUAAGAGCACCCGCCAGCGGCUUGAAUGGACCUGACUGGAAUGCCAUUGCCGCCAGGGUCACCGCUAUCCUGCCGACUCAACUUGCAAACACUGCGCUCCAUGGCAUGACUGCAGCAAGCCUACAUCUUUACGAAUGCCAAGCUGCAGAAGUUGAUGCCACACGUGCGUACUCGCUUUUUCACGGCCAAAGCCACCUCAGUAUACGGGAAGCCGAGGCUCACUGGACCGUAGGCCAGUACCUUGCUGAUGCGACCAAGGGAGUCUCAGACAAUGCCAGGCGGGUUCAAAUCUUGAGCUUGCACUUGCCCUCUCUGCCCACUCCGCAGAUAGUGGUAACGCCCCUGGACACACCUGAAGGCUCCACGGUUGUUCCUGUUGACGCCAGAGGCAUUGGUGGAGGUGUGCAUGCUAUCGCUAUCGGGCCGGCCAUGCCAGCGCAAGUCAUUCUCGAGGCGCUUGCUUCUGCGGAGCCACAGAUUGCGGCACAGCUUCAGCACCUCGCCGCCAAUGAUGCAGUUUUUCUCCAGGAUGCAGCAGGUCAUGUCUGGGACAGCUGUCCGGAUGACGUGACCUCGUUGCAGUGGCUAGCCACGCGCCUUGAUCACCGUCUACCCGCUGCCAGAACAGGGAUGUGGCUGCCUGCCUACCCACCUGAAAGCACUACCUUUACUACCACUGGGGCGAUUACUGCUUGCCAGGGCGAGUAUGUGGUGACCAUCAUAUUGGCUGGCGGUGGGACAGUAGUGCGACUGGCACCACAGAGGGCCUCUCAGGUAGACCUGGCGGCCAGCUUGACCGAGCUCCUGUUGGUGCUGGCUGCCCAUGGACGGCUUCCGCGUGACCCCGUCCUUUCCAUCGCAGCGGCUAUGCCACGAACGGCCGCCCAACCAAGGCAUGUCCUCAUUGGCUUCAUAGUGCAGGGCUUGGCGGAGGAGGAUCAAGAGACCAUUGUGCUCCAGGACCAAAGCCAUGACGGCUCUCUUCUCGUUGCCUUCGUGCUGGAUACCAAUGUUAUGCCGGAGCACAUGCUCGCCCCCGCUCAGGUUCGGCGGGGGUUCACCAUUGCUCUCAAUGGAUCCCCGCAGUCUGGUUCCCGAAGAGCGCUGCGCACCGGCGAUCUUAUCCAGCUCCAGCAGGAGCCACACUCAGCCAGAGUCUGGACGGCGGCUUUUGCUUUCCAGAUCAUUCCAGCCUCUAGGCUUUUCGCCCUGCGAGUUCGACUCCCGAGCAUGCGCCGUUUUACAAGCAGUUCCCUGACUCCGCGGGACGCGCAAGCUGCACGGCAGUACCUCACACAGGCGGUACAGCUCCGAAUGUUAGAGCAAACCCUUUAUUUGGGUGAGCCGGGCAGGAACAGUCACAAUCUCACCUUUUCGGGUUUGUUUGAUCCGGACACAGCCUAUGUGCUGACCCCGGUGCUCUCUGGCACCGUGCCAAUCGUCGUCAGCGUCCCCAGACAUACUGACAUCAUGACGGUGCUGUACCCCACGCCUGAUGAAACCGACACAGUCUUGCAGUUGUUCGUACCUCCGGACACUCCUCUGCAUCUGCUCGGCCUCCUCUGCCGUCGGGGCAUGGAGCUUGUCUACCCGACCAGUGUUGCACAUGGGGCAGUGAUCCGUGAACGUGCGCAUCAAGUCCGCUCCGCUGCCUCUUCUAUCGGACCGGCGGACAUGUCACUCCUGCAGACACAGGCUAAGGUGUUUAAGCGUAGUCGGGGCGCUCAUAUUCCAACUCCCCUUGGUCGUCGCCGCCUACCUGCAGUCACGAGUGCCCACUCGGAUGAACUGGCUCCGCCUCUUCUCCGCAAAGAGGCAAUUGCAGUUCUUCUCCGUGUGGCUGGGGCCUUCUCCUUUGCGUUGAGGAUACCGUUUCUGGGUCAGAAGUGGUUCUCUGGCAUGAUUGUCAAGGUGCCGGUGACAUUGCAGCAGGGUCACAACGGUCACUUAUACAACGAAAUUGUUGAUGCUGUGGCAAAAGCUGGAGCGGCCCUGACCCUUCCGGGCCCGGUGUUCGCUCACGCUUUCUGGGCCGUUCUUAACUCGCCUCUCCUGUCUUGGGCGUGGCUUGCCAAAGAUGAUCCUUGUCGCUCGGAUUUCCCGACCCUCAGCCGUCUAGCCGAAGGAGGCUAUGAGGCCCGGGAUGCUAUUCCUGACCGUUGCCUCCCGGCCCUUGUCGAUACUACAGAGUCAACUGUCACUGCCAGCCUCUGCUUGACUUUUGUCACGUGCAAUGUGCAGACUUUGAGGGAUAAGCGGCCUCUUGUGCUCCAGCAGUUGACUGACAGGGGUGCGCAUGUGACAGGACUUCAGGAGACCCGAGAAGGCCUUGACUCACAGUGCUUCGGCACAUCGUUUGCCGAGUUUGCAGCGGCAGGUUCGCAGGGCGAAGGAGGUGUGACUUUGUUAUUCAAUAUGCAAAAGCCUUAUGGCUGGGCUGCAGGCAGGCCCUUGAUGUUCGACAAGUCACAUUUCACUUGUAUUCAUGCGGACUCGCGUUGCAUUGCGGUACAAGUAAGGGCGCCUCAUCUGCGCAUCCUCUGUGUCAGUGCACAUGCGCCCCACUCCGGCCACACGGCUGACUCCCUCCAGGCCUGGUGGCGUACUUUCGAGCAGGCACCGUGGCUUCGAAAGCACCAAGGCCGCACCGUCCUGAUGGUUGACGCUAAUGCUCAGUUGGGGUCAGUCACAUCUGACUCUGUAGGCGGUCAUGCAGCCGAUGAUGAAACCCCCAAUGGCUCCUUCCUUCGCAGUUGGGUUGAUGCUAUGGAAGCAUUCUUGCCGUCUACUAUCAGUGAUGCACAUGGGAGACUGGUUCCGAAUGCCCGUGAACCUACGUGGUUUUCCCCUAGUGGUCAGGGUUAUCGCAUCGAUUAUGUGGCCUUGCCUGCGGCGUGGAGCACUUGCAGAUGCUGCCCAGCUACCUGGCCGGACUUUGAGCUGCUCAAUAAGGACCAUCUUCCCGCGACAGUCAAAGUGCAGCUCCAGUUGCAUGGGCGCGCCACGCCUGCCUCAAGUGCGCCCACUUUUCCUCGGGACCCUGCUCAAUGGCCACCAGAGGUCCACGAGGCCAUCAACCAGCGUGGUCAGCAGUGCCGGCCUCCGCCGCGGCGAAGGUACCGAGCCUUUGUGUCGCCCUACACUGCGGCUCUCCUUGAAGCUGCCAAAGCCUGCCGCAAGUGCAUUGCUGUUCUUCAAGGGCUGGCCAAUAAGUUGUCGCAAUGCCAGGCUCAGGGCCGACCUAGGCUCUCCUCUGAGGGAUGGUCUCUGUCCGACACGCAGUGUCUUCUGCACGAUGCGUGUCUGGAGCUUCGCCAGUGGCGUUCAGCCCUUCGGAAAGCAGUGGCGUGGGACAAGCACGCAUUUGUUCGCAGCGCGCAUGAGCGACUCUGUUCUGCUGCUGAUCCCUUUGACUCUAGGCAGUUCUUCGAUGCUUUGAAAGCCUUAAGGCCCCCUGGCAAGCGGGUUCUUAAGCCUUUUGCAGCCCUAGUCGUCGAUGAGGACGCACAGCUUUCCCGGGCUGAAAAGGUUAGCCUCCAGCAACAGCAUUUUGCCGAUCUUGAGGCCGGCCUUAUCUGCCCAGCAAAGGACCUCCAGUGCAGCACCGGGCCCUCAUUGGAGGGCAAGUUCGAACUGAAGCACCUGCCCAAAUGGGAUGUCAUUGAGGCUGCCUUCAGGUCCUGCAAAGCGCGUAAAGCCCCAGGCGCCGACCAAAUCCCGGAUUGGGUCUGGAAAAUGCUGCCGCAGAAAUCUGUUGAGCUCUGGCUUCCGAUUUUUCUCAAGGCUCAUGUCAGGCUGAGCGAACCUGUCCAGUUUAAACAUACGCUUCUCUUCUCGCUUUUUAAGGGGAAGGGGUCGCCGGCGUCUGUAUCUAACUACAGAGCUAUCGCUCUCCUCUCUGGCCCAGGGAAAGUGCUGCGCAAGCAGUUGCGCUCCACCUUGUUGCGCCAGCUCCCAGACGACCCACUGCAGCAAGGAGGCAUCCCCCAUUCGUUGCUUCAAGGGGCACAUCAAGUGCUGAAGAUGCACGCCAGCAUUGCUGCUGCGGUUGGGGCUUCCAAUUGCGCCCUGUUCUUGGACGUUUCGUCGGCUUAUUACAGGGUCCUUCGGCAAGCCUUUCACGAUGGCAUUGAGGAUGACCGGCAAAUCUGCAGUAUCCUCCGACAGUUGGGGGUCGCGCCGGAAUCACUGCAUUCUGUCUGUGCUUGGCUGUCAGAGACCAACCUCAUUGCCGGUGCCGAUCAGCACGAGCAGCGCCUCCUCCGUGAGUAUUUUGCGGGCACCUUCUUCACAAUGCGGGAGGGUGGUGCCAUCGUGCGGACCCACGCUGGCACUAGACCUGGUGAUGCUAUCGCCGAUGCACUUUUUGCUUUGGUCCAAGCGGACUUUCUGGCGGGCUUGCGUCAGCGCCUUGAUGUCGAUGGUCUCCUGGAUGACCCAGUGGUUCGAGAAGCCUUCUCGAUUCCUCGUCUUUUGGCACCCGUGUGGGCUGAUGACACGGUGUUGCUUCUGGCAUCCGUUGGUGCAGAAAAACUGCUGCUCAAAACCACUGCGGUUCUCCAAAUUGUGCACCUGGAGUUCACGCGGCGAGGCAUGGCUCCUAACUAUGCGCGUGGCAAGUCUGAGGCCAUGUUCUCCUUCCGCGGUCGUGGUGCCCCAGCUAUGAGACAAAAAGUGCUCAUCAGGACCUAUGUCCAUCUUGGCGGUGUCGUCAAUGACAAGCAAUCCCAUUCAUACGACAUCUGCCAGCAUCUUGCACAGGCGCGUCGGCAGAUCAAGCCCAUGCGCCGGCCCGUGCUCCGGGACACGUCGAUCCCCUUAUCCACCCGCAAGUUGUGUCUUUCUUCACUGGCGCUUUCUUGCGUCACCGUGACGGCACCGACUUGGGGGCCCCUCACAAAGGCCGAGUUCGCUGCCUGGAGAAGCGGUUACGUGGGACUGCUCCGGUGCCUUCACCGGGACGAUCGGUGGUCAGGGCGGCCGACCUUGCCCGGUGAGCAGCAUGUUUGCGCUGCAUCUGCCAUGCCGUCGGCGGGGGCCUUCCUGCGGGGUCAAAGGCUUCUGCACUUCAGGCGUGUCUGCCUCACCCAGCCUGUGCUUACCGACCUGCUGCUGGCCGAGGAUCGAGUGAGCAACGCGUCCUGGUUCAGCCUUCUUCGGGAGGAUGUUGAGUGGUUGCAUGGGCUCGUCGCCCUUCCAGACGAAGCCAGGCAUGACUUUCCUCACGGUCUGGCCGACUGGACCAUCCAUCAUGGGGCGACCUUCAAGACAGUAGUAAAGAAGGCCCUCCGCAAGGUCGAUGACCCUCGUCACGAGGCGUCCUGGAAUGCGGCCCCUCUUGAGCCGUCCCUUCAGGCGCCUCUGGCCCAGGAACACUGCUGCCCCCAUUGCCCGGCCGCAUUCCCGACAAAGCAGUCCCUGAGUGCUCACAUGUUCGCACGCCAUGGAAAGGCUUGUGAGGCAAGGAGCUACCUGCAUGGUACUGUUUGUCCGGUUUGCCUAUGCCAGUUUUGGACUACGGCUCGGGCGACUAGGCACCUCCAGCAUGAUUCGCCAAAAUGCCUGCGGGCACUGCAAGAUCACGGCAUGGUUGGGGAUUCUAUCUCCCGCAAGAUCGACGCGAGCACCUCAGGUCUCCCUUCGACCCGGCUCGUUGGUCCUCUCCUACCAUUGCACGUUGAUAUACCCUCCUUUGCUUCGCAAGCGGCACAGGGGGACUCGGCCAUUUUGCAGUGGCGACAAUCAUGCCACACCCCUGCAAUGCUCGCAUGGUUGGAUUCCAUGACAGCUGCGGGGCUGGACUAA